UGAGUGUGUAAGAGAAUGAAUGAUGUCAGGCAAGAUGCAGGCUCCCGAGAGGAGGGGGACCGAAGAGCAUGAAACUGACUGUAAACAUAGCAGCGCAGCAGCAGCACGCAGAGAAAGCUGCCUCCAAUCCUCUCUCCCCUCCUCCCCCCUUCUGCCUGCAGCCGCCCUCAAUCAGGAGAGCUCCUCCAGCUGUAGCACUGCUGAGGUAACAGUGCAGCAGGAUCCGGCAAUCAAUUCAAGGAAGGCUUCCUAAGAAGCGGUGUCCUCCCUAUCGCCCGUGAGGUCGGUCUGUUUGCCAGGAAAGAGGGGAGAAGAGUAAGAGACAGAGAAUUGCAGAGGAAGAGAAAGGUGCGGACAAACUUUCUAGCCGCUUCUUGCUUCGGCUACCACCCCAGAAGUGGGAGUGUCUGUGUCCUGGCUAUAAAGAGCUCCAAAGCCCAAAUGUCAGAGAGUUCUGAAGCUGCGAAGGAGACUUCCCAGUUCCCUGCUGCCUUUGGAAGAGGAACUACCUUCAGCUCCAGUGUUUCCAUAUACAACUAAGUGGGUACGUUGCAAAUGACACAAAUCAAUACAACUUUGCAUUCUGCAGAGUAAAGAUGGGAAGGCUGGAAGGGGUGGCUUGUUUCCGACCUGUACCAAGGCAGCCUCAGUAUUUCACAUAAGAUGUCUAAAACUAGACUGGACAGAGUACUAGAAAAUGCAGCUGUAGAGAACAAUCCUGCAUUGGCAAGAUGAUACGUUAAAAGUUUAGAGGAAAAACCUGAGAUUUGUUUCUAAGAUCUGUUGCUGAACUGAGAAGAGAAAAAAGCAGAAUGGAGAACUUCUGAAGAUUUUUAUUAGAGAACAAAAGUCAACUGGAAACAUAUAAGGUGGACUUAAAGGAGUAAGGAAUUUUACAAGGCAUCCAGAAAUUAAUAAUUCCUUGGUUUGGCUCAAAGUCGUGGGACAAUGGAUACCAUUGAGACUGCAAAGCUUGAAGAGCACAUGGAAGGUCAGAACAAUGACACUUCAAAUGGUUAUGUUCGACCCACCUUAUCAGUCAAUGAAGAUAGCAAAAAUGGCAACAGCAAACCAAAGGGUUUACCGAAUGGUUUGCGGAAAGGCACAAAGAAAUAUCCAGAUUAUGUUCAGAUUUCUAUGCCUGCUGAAUCUAGGAACAAAUUUCCUUUGGAAUGGUGGAAAACAGGCAUUGCCUUUGUAUAUGCGCUCUUCAAUUUAAUUCUAACGACUGUCAUGAUCACAGUGGUUCAUGAGAGGGUACCUCCCAAGGAGCUCAGUCCUCCAUUGCCAGAUAAGUUCUUUGAUUAUAUUGAUCGUGUGAAAUGGGCUUUUUCUGUAUCAGAAAUAAAUGGAAUGAUACUAGUUGGAUUAUGGCUAACCCAGUGGCUAUUUCUCAGAUACAAGUCGAUAGUGGGGCGCAGGUUCUUUUUUAUAAUGGGAACUUUGUACCUGUACCGCUGUAUUACCAUGUAUGUUACCACUCUACCUGUCCCUGGAAUGCAUUUUCAGUGUGCUCCAAAGUUGAAUGGAGAUUCUCAGGCUAAAGUACAGAGGAUCCUACGAUUGAUUUCUGGUGGUGGUCUGUCUAUAACUGGAUCUCACAUCCUGUGUGGAGACUUCCUAUUUAGCGGUCAUACAGUAGUUCUAACGCUCACCUACCUGUUUAUCAAGGAAUACUCACCUCGCCAUUACUGGUGGUAUCACUUGAUCUGCUGGUUGAUGAGUGCCACUGGUAUAAUCUGUAUUCUUGUUGCCCAUGAACACUACACUGUGGAUGUUAUUGUUGCUUAUUAUAUCACCACAAGACUCUUCUGGUGGUACCAUUCAAUGGCUAAUGAAAAGAACUUGAAGGUCUCUUCCCAGACGAAUUUUCUCUCUCGAGCAUGGUGGUAUCCAAUAUUUUAUUUUUUUGAGAAGAAUGUACAAAGCUCAGUUCCUUGCUGCUUCUCAUGGCCAAUAUCGUGGCCUUCCAGCUGCUUCAAAUCUUCAUGCAAAAAAUAUUCACGGGUUCAGAAGACAGGAGAGGAUAAUGAAAAAUCCACCUGAAAGAAAGCUGAAGAAAGAAAAGAAAGAGUCUGCUUUGUAUUUUACCAAAAGAUUAAUGCUAUAACCAAAGUUCUUAAAAGGACUAGAUUGUAAGGGAAUAAGUGGACUAAAUUCUUGUGCAAUUGAUUGGAAAGACAAUUGUAGACAAAAUAUUACAUCUCUUGAUAUGUUUUCUAGUCAUCACAUUGUACAGAGCUAUUCCACUUUUCAGUACUAGGAGAGCACUUCAGAUUGGGUUUUUCCCUGAGAGGAAAAAUGCAGGACUGGUUUACUUAUGAGAUUGAGGUGCCAAUGAACACACCCAUUCUUUUAAUUAUUAAUUAAUUUUUUUCAUCCACAAAAUGUCAUCAUUUCUGAAGUUUAAGGGCAAAAGCAUACUAAAAUUUAGAGUUACAGUAUCUUUCUAGAAUAGUAUACAAAGAGUCGAACAGUAGUGGGAAGUGGUUGACCGUAUUUUUCUUGCUAAUGAAGGUAAGUCUUAUGAUUAAGCCAGAGGUGAGUCUUUGACAUUUUGUGCUCUAUGGGAAUGAAUGUAAUAUGACCCUGAAGUGUUGCCACUUCCCAUAUACUUUACCAUAUACCAAUUUUUACAUUUUGUAUUGGUAAUUUUAUAUUAAAAAAAAAAAAAAAACCCUUCAAAAAAGAACCCUAAAAAUGAAUAGCUGUUGUGCUAUCUAAUGGCAUUACAAAUUAGAAAUAUUAGCUACUAACAUCUUUGGAGCUCUACAAGCAUGGAAAUGUUUUUAUUUUUAAAACAUAUACCUAUGUAAGAAGAAGAAAAUUUAUUUCAAAGUCUAAAUAUUUAAUGGCAAGUUAGCCUGAGUCUGUAUGUAUUAUGUGUAUAUAGCUAUGUAAUGCAUAUAGGUAUAUAUACAUACUUUUGUGUAUUCACACACAUUAACCAAUACUAGAUAAAUAAAAGAAAGCUGAGUAUAAAGUAUUAUUGUAAGCAAAACUGUCAAUGAUUUCCUUCACCUGCUUGAGGACUGCAGGGUCAGGUCCUAAAUGGUAAAUGUAAAAAUCAAACAUUUUAAAAGUUUAGUUACUGUUUCUUGUUGACACUAUAUAAGCCUUGUGCUAGACAGCCUGAUGUUAUGCAUUUAGAGGUGUGGUGUGUGGGGGGGGAGGGGGUUUAAACCUUUGGCACACAUCUGUGACUCAUAAACAGGUCCAAGGUGAAUACACUCCAACAGCAACACUUCUUCCACCUUUACCUAACAAUAUUUAUUAUAAAAUGGUGCUGUCAGAUGACCGGCCCAUUAUUUCUGCCUAUCAGGACUCUUUUGUCCAAUCAAAGUAUCUACAUAAGUAUGUUGGUUUAGAAUGUGGCAAUACACAACUUUCUUAGAGUGCAAUGGAAUUGCAGAUUUGCAGUCAACCUGGUCAUAUUGUUCUUGAGAGAGCAAAGUGGAUACUUGGCUCCCCAAAGUUUAACAGUUAAAUUUGUCUUAUAUUUUUUUUCUCGGUUACUUAAGUAUUUAAUUUCAAAACCUUCAGUAAAAACUGAUAGCAAAAGAAAUUGUCAUUAAUACCCAAAUUAAAGUGUGCAACUUGAGUGAAAAAUUUGCUCUUAUUUUAAGGAAGUCUUGACAAAUGUGAACACUAAAAAGAAAAUUAAAUGACACUCACUUUAAAAAAAAAUCCAAUUAGAAGAAUUGCUGCAAAUAAAAUACAAAAUAUAGUACUCAGCUCUGAUUUGUUUUUCAAUUCACAGGGCUAAUUAGUAAGUAAUCUGAACACCAAAAAAUUUUAACUUGCACUUGAGAAUAUUUUUGUGCAUGAUACACACAAUACAAAUCUUGUGCAUUAUAUAAAAGCAUAAUACAAUAAACAGCAUUUCUUACACUGUAUCCUGGUAAAACAUACCCGAGUAAUAAUAUCAAAGCUCUUUUUAAAAUAAUUUUAAAGAUUUUAUUUCUCACUGAAAAUAUUUAACAUCAUGCUGGGUAGCUUGAUGAUGUGUAAUAUGGACACAAUGUUCAUGUUUUGUUGCUGACAGAACUUUAGUGGCUCAAACUGAAACCAAAGUGUUUCCUCAGGGCAUAUCUACGUGGGAGUGCUAAAGUGCUACAUCAGUUGCGUAGCUUAAGUCAAAAUAGCUUAUUUUGGCUUAUUGUGCUGUCUACACAGCAGGACACCCGAGAAAUAUCACGCUUCUUCCGACUUCCCUUACUCUUCGUAAAAUGAGGGUUACAGGAGUCUGAGUAAGAAGUCCUCCAGCUUGCCGCCAUUUUGCUUUUAUGUCAAAAUAAUGGCUUGAAGUGUAGACACAGACUGUUAUUUUGAAAUAAUGUCAGUUAUUCCAAAAUAACAUUGCUGUGUAGAUACACUCUCAGUUAUUAGCUAACCAGUCUUCUUAGUAUAAUAUCAGCCUUUGCAGAUCCCCAUAUUGUAUUUCUUGUUUGAGUUCAUUCUACAUGGACCACGGUGUCUUUGAAGACAAACCACAGACUACCGGGCUAUAGUUUAACUCACAUUUUAGUUAGUUUUAGUUGAACCACUUCUAAUAGCAAUUUCUAUGGAGAGAAAUGUGGAUGAACUACAACCAGCUUCAAGAUAAGCACUGUGAAACUGUAGACUGAGCUUUCUAGGAAGGAUCAGAAACUGCUUUUCACUUGGUAGCCUGUUAGGCCAAUGAAUAAUGCAUCCAUUGAUAGCCUAGAUAGAUUACAAGAAGUUUCAUUGAGACAUUUAGAAGAGUAUUUAGCUAAUGACUGACCUAUAGAGUACAUAAAGUGGUCUGCUCAAAACUAAUAUCCUUAUUCAGUACAAUUUGAGGUCCCACUCUAGAGAGAGAACUAAAAUUGUGAGAAUAGCUUAAAAUCAGUUGUAGUUUUAGAUUAGUUCUGCUAAGCGCUCAAAUUCCCUUUAUUCCCAUAUAUCAACAGAAAUUGAGACUCCUAUACUUGCACUUGAUCAAUAAAAUUUGUUGUUCACAGGUGCUUAAAUUAAAACCCCACCACAAAUGACAAUCUUGCCAUGGCAAAUGCAUGUGGAUACACUGCUUUGUUGGCAAGAGCAUCCUCACAGCGUUUACACAUGCCGACUUUGCAACAAGGCUGUGUCCACUAAAAGCAGCACAGUGUAGUAGACAUCUCAAAGUUUCUUCAUAUUGACAAAAGAACAUAAUAGAUUUAUUGUAUCUUUUUAAAAAAAAAUACUCUCCUCAUUCAGAAACAGUAAAGCUUAAAUCUGCAUAAGAAUGCAGAUUUACAUCCUUACAUAUUUACAUAAUUUAAUGAGCCUAAUGAGCCUAUUCUUUAUAACCACAUGGCUCUAACAAAUCAGAUAUAGACCACAGUACACAGGAACAUGACCUUAAAGAACUAAUAGUGAUUGUGAUAAGUGGUGACCUAUAAAGCAAAAUUUCAAGACAGGAAGAAAUGGAGUAAAGUGGAUACUAUCCAAAAAUAAAAAAGCUAAUCUGGAAUUCAUUCAUAAACCUUCACUGGAUUGAGUGCAGGCUUUUAAUCCUGCUGCCUUGUUAUAUAGAUCUCAUUUUUAUGUAAUGUAUCAAACUUUUCUUUAAAUACUGUCUAUAUUUGCUGCUGUGCCAGGAGACAGAGAAUCAUAGUUCAGAUGCAGUUUCUUAGAUCCAAAUUCUGCCCUUUUGAAGAAAGCAUGGAUGGGCCUUUUUGAAAUCAGAGGAAGUUCCAUAUGCGCUUCUUCCACCUUACUGAAGACGCAGGAGCUGCUGAGUCCUUGACACUUCUGAAAUCCAGGUCUUCACCCAUGUGCCUAAUUGGAUUUAGAAACGUAAAUUGGGCACCUAUAUUAAAAAAUCUUAGCCUUGGUCGUUAUUUAAAAGGGCAAUAUGACAGCAGUAUGCUCACUCUGGCUUGCAUCAGAUCUGUCACAAGAGCAAAUAAACGGCCUUGUUCAACCACUUCAGAUAUUAUCUCUAUGGUGUGUCCUUAAUGACCUCUGGUGGCUAUAAAUGGUAUGUGUUCAAUAACAUUCUCUGACUUUCAAAUUUGUUGUUGUUUUAGGGUAAUUCGUUGGGAACCAGUCCAGAGGAAAAUUAAAAAGUUUCCCAGCACUUGAACUGAUUUUUUUCAUAUUCAAAUGACUCUAGUUAGGUUGACUGUUUUUAUUCAUUUUUUAUAUUUUCUGUAUUACCUUGUUCUGGCCAGAACCCGGAAAUAAUAUAUGAAAAUAUGAAGUGUUGUUCUUGUAGUGUAAAACCCAACUAGUGCUACAAAAUGCUGUGUGUGCAGAAGGGUGGGGGAAGUGUUCAUGAGACUUUGAGACAAGCGAUCCAGAUAUUUUGAGAUGAACAUCUCUAAUGGAAUCAAUCCUCCAAACUUUGAAUUUCACCCAUUGCUAGUGAUUGCAUGGCCAGAUAACUUAUCCUGUUCAUUUAAAGUACACCUAGCGCCAAUCAAAAUCUAUCUUUUUGGUUGAUAUGAAAUAUGUUCUAGUGCUUUACAAUCUGACCCCUGAUUCCAAUCUCAUAGAAAUAGUGAGUCCACCUAUUUAUUUCAAAGGGCAGGUCCUUGAAGAAAGGCAUGGAAAAAUGCAGAUUUUUGUUCUGCUCCCAGCUCUGCUACUGACUUGUGUGGAUGUGGGAAAGCUAUAACUUUUUCCAGCCUGAUUCAGAACCACUACCAUUCCAUUUGUUUUUGCUAGGAAUUAAGCACAACACUUUUGAAAAUUCUGUCUGUUUCACCCUCUGUGAAAUAGAGAAACAGCUUCCCUCUCAUCACACUACUGAGGCUUAGUAUUUGUAAAUAAAUGUCUAGAUUAGGGUUGGGCAAGAUCCAGCCCACAGGAAGGUAUUUGAUCCAGCUCUCAGCCCUCCCUACUGAGGCCUUGAGACUGUUCAAAAUGGCUGGCAGCUCCCCUCUCCCAGGGCUGUGCAGCACCUAGAAGGAACCACCAGUGGUUUUAAACAGUGAGGCACGCCCCUUGCAAGGGAGGCAAGAUAUUUUGUGUGGGCUCCUACCCCCAGGCACUGGUCCCAGCUACAAUGAUUGGCCUGGAGGUGGGGGAGCAUGUGAAACCUCAUUUCCCCCGCCCACCCCCUUCAGGGAUGUGCAGCCCUGAACUGUGCAUGGAGGGGAACCUCUUUGAGUAGCCUGGGGCUGCUGCAGGAGGGUGCCUGCCUUGGGGGACCCUGUUUGGGCUGCUGGCCGGGAGCCACCUAAAUAAGUGACUCCUGGCCAUAGUCUGCCUCUGGCAUCCCAGCCCCUCCCACUUCCCAGCUCCAUGCCCCGUUCACCACCCAAAUCCUCUGCACACAUAUCCCACCCCAGGUCACAAGUCCCUCCUGGACCCUGGAACACCCCUCUCCCUGGUCAAAAUUUACUCCUGCACUCCCCUGUCCUGCACCUUAAUCCCUUGCCUCAUGUCACAACCCAACCUCUGUCCCAAACCCCCCACUCCCUCCAUAGAGAAGUGUGGCCCUUGACCACUUUCCAAAAUCUUGGUGUGGCCUCCCACCAAAAAUUAUUGCCCAUCCUGUUCUAGAUGAUGGGAGGGAAUGUACUACAGAAGUGCAAAUAUUUUUUUUUCUUGUAAAGCACUGCUUUUAAACUAAGUCGUCUUGAGGCAUGCUUUGAGAAUUGCAUGCCUGUAUCAGGCACUGUAAUACCAGUGAAGUUUUAACGAGACUUCAUCUUUUAAGCCACCUUUUUCAGUGACUGAAUUUGACAGGCAUCCAAAUCAAUGUUGCUGUUUAACCGCAUAUGAAAAUAACUUCCCAGCACAGUAUUAAUGCCAUUUCUGUGUUCUAAAUUUUUGUCCUUAAAUGCCAAUAAUAUGGAUGCUGCAGGGAUGCAGAUUUUUUUUUUUUUUU